AUGCAGAGAGCGGUGCUGGUGACAGGAGCGAAUCGCGGGCUGGGCCUGGAAUUGAUCCGCCAGCUGAGCCAGGUUGAGCGGCCGCCACGUUACCUGUUCGCCGCCUGCAGAGUCCCAGAGGGAGCCCGGGGGACGGAUCUUAAGAACUUGGCAAAACGUUUCUCAAACAUAAAAAUAGUUAAUAUGGAUCUGGAUGACUUUGACAGCAUUCAAACGAGUGCUGAAGAGAUACAAAAGGUAUUGAAAAACGAUGGCCUGAAUCUGUUAAUAAACAAUGCUGGGAUCAAUAUUGAUGGAGGUCUGUAUGACAUUACCCCAGAAAUAAUGAUGAAGACUCACACGAUCAAUGUCAUUGGCCCAAUGAUGGUUACCAAGGCUUUUCUGCCGGCUUUAAUGAAAGCAGCUCAGCUGAGUGAUGAACCUGGCUUCAGCAGUAAGAAAGCAGCGGUUAUCAACAUGUCCUCUAUCUUGGGCUCCAUGGAGACUUUCAGCAUGGAGUUUUGGAAAGCAUGUGCCUACAGGAUCAGCAAGGCUGGACUGAAUAUGGUCACCAAGUGCUUAACUAAUGAGCUGACACCCCACAGAAUCCUUUGUGCUUCAGUGCACCCCGGCUGGGUCAGAACAGACAUGGGUACUGAAAAGGCACCACUAACCAAAGAAGAAAGUAUACAAGGAUUACUUAGGAUAUUUUCAAAUCUGUCAGACAAAGACAAUGGAUCAUUUAUAGACUGGAGAGGUGAACGUGUACCUUGGUGAAGACUAACUUGCACGAAUUAACAUGAAAUAGAAGUGGAAUUUAUUACCACUGAUUUUUGAAUUCAUAAGUUUAAUAUAGCAUAUUGGAAGUAAUGAACAGUAUACUAGAUGUACUUAACACUUUAAUAAAUAUAAAUUCUUAAUAAAGAUAUCACAAUUUAACUGAAUUAUGUGUAUUGAACUUCUUGCACUUCAUUUGAAUAUACACCCAGUGGCCACAUUAUUAGGUAGCUCCUGGACCUAAUAAAGUGGCCACUGAGUAUACGAUCAUGGUCUUCUGCUGCUACAGCCCAUCCACUUCAAGGUUUGAUGUGUUGUGCCUUCAGAGAUGCUCUUCUGCACAUCACUUGUAUCGUGUCAUUAUUAUUUACUGUUGCCUUCCUGUCAGCUUAAGCCAGUCUGGCCAUCUUCCCCUGACCUCUCUGUUCCAGCUCCUACCAUCCGGGAAAUGGUACCGCUGCAUUAAAGUCAGGAACAACAGGUUCUGGGACAGCUUCUUCCACCAGGCCAUUAGACUGAUUAAUUCAUGCUGAUACAAUUGUAUUUCUAUGCUGUAUUGUUAUA